UUCUCUGUACCAAAGAUCGCUUAUCAUACAAUCAAUCUCUCUAGAAACUCAUAACAGUUCACAGAGUGAUUAUAUUUGUAUAUUUAUCGUAGGAUUUUCUAUCAGUCGUUGAAUGCUAUAAAGGACACUAUUGUGUACUGUAGUCGCUUUUAUUAACGUUGAAAGUAUCUUUUCUUAUACCAAGUGUAUAUAAAAUUUACCUACUGUAUUAUUUUUGUUAAAUAAUAUUUACAAAAAUGCGAAUCGUCGUGGCACUUGCAUUAUGUGUCUGCGUAGUGUUAUUGGUGUCUUCAAUAGACAGUGCUGACGGAAAGAAAACUCAUGAUAGAAACAAACAAUCUGACGUAGAAAAAGUUUCAAGCGCAAAUAAGAAGAAUAAAGUUGGAAAACAUACUAAAACUAAAGAACAAAAAUAUCAUUCUGACAAAGAAAAUAAUCCUGAACACUCCAGUAUUAAAAAUAAAAAAGAAGAAAUAUCUAAAAACUCAUAUAAUGAUAAGAAGAAUAAGGUGAAGAAAGAUGAUAUGAAAACUGAAAGUAAUUUAAAAGAGGAUCAUAAACGUCAAAAGAACUAUCAUAAGGAACAUACUGAGAAUAAAUAUAAAUCGAGUAAAAAAGUGAAAAGAUCUGCUGAUCAAGUUGAAGAUACUGGAGUAAAAAAUAAUAAAAAAGAGACCAUUCACGAAGAGAAAUCAUCUGAAGAAGAGGUUCAAGUUGAAGAAGUACCUAGUGAUGGAGAAAAAAAGAAGAAUAAGAAAUCCAAAGACAAUCUAACAGACAGUAAUAACAAAAAUGAUAAAUCAAAGAAGAAAUUAGAUAAAAAUAAGAAAAAAAGGUCAAAGAAUGAUGAAAAUGUAUCAGAGAAUUCACCAGUAGAAGAAAAUGUUGAUUACGUUGAAAAGGAAACAAGUAAAGACACAAAACAGGAAAAAGAUGAAAAAAAAGCACAUUAUAAUGACAAUAAAAAGAAAAAGAAUAAAAACAAAGUUGUAGUAGAUGAUGUAGAAGGAGAAUUCUCAGAACCAGAAAAAUCUUGUAAAAAUAAAUAUAAAUCAAAGAAAAAUGAUGAAUUAACGCUUGAAGAUUCAGAGACUGAAACUAUUGGAACACUCGACGUAAAAGAAGAUUCCGAAGUAGCUGAAGAACAUGAAGUUCCAGCAGAUGAAUCUUGUGAAGUUUAAAUUAUUCUAAUAAAUAUAAUUUUAAUCAGUUAAAUAUUUGUGCGUUUCGAACAGUUCAUUAAACAAUAAAAGAUAAAAGAAGUUCUUAUCAAA